UCUCGGGCGAACGUCACGUCGUCCAAUAAAGAGGCCAGUCGUUGACCGACCGCGUCGAUGUUCACAAGACACAUGGAUCAAAAUAUGCCUUUUUGCUCAUCGUUUGGAAACUUGCAGAGUUUCUUGCUUGUCGUCUUCCUUCUGCACUUGGUGGCCACAACAAAGGGGCCUCAAGACGCAAUUGCAGAAGCAGACAACAGUUCUGUGCCUCCGGAUAUCGUGCUGGUGCGACAAGUGCCGUCCCCUUGUGCGUGCAUAGACGGUCAGUGUGCAUGCUGCACAGGAUUUAUCUUAGGACAACUGGGAUACAACGUACAGCAAAGAGCAUGUAUGAAUGUGACUUAUGAUCCAGACGACUUCACCUUCAAGAUGGUUUUAGCAAUCAACAAGAGAGUUCUCUACAAAAACACACUCUCUGGAAAGAACCCGGCGCCUGUGUGUGUGCCUGUACCGAGAGUUCCCAGUAUCAAGUUAUGUGCCGUGUUCAGCAAUGUGUACUUCACUGGAAGAAACCUGCACAUGUGUAUUGACAUGGAGGGUAGAUGGAAGGAGACUUCAGUGUUCAAAAUGUCUUAUGACUGCAUCCGAAUAGGUGCCAAUGGUGUGGUUAUGCUGAAACCUGAGGAUGGUGGUGGCCUACCUCAUGGAACUUUUUUUACAGGAGACGAAGAAGAAGACUAUGAUAAUGUGGAGGAGGAGGAGGAUGAUGUGUGAGAUACUGAAUGUAAAUUUAUUAGACUUGUGCCAGUGAAAUAAACGUGUUUUCGGUAAUUUUACGUGUAGUUCUAGAUUUAUCAUGUAAAAUUAAAUUCACAAACAGGUUACAUGUGUUACGUAAGUUGAAAUUAUUUUUACUGAAUUUGGUGAUGGGGUUGGAAUUAUUACUGGUAGGUUAUAACCCGUCCAAUAUCAAAAAGCUUUUGGA